UUUGCCGUUGUCAAAAUAUUAAGAAAAAAGUGUAUAUCUGUUUGAUAAACCGUAAAUUAAAAUUAAUAGUUUCCUGCUUAAAAGUAAAUUACACAAAAACAUAUACAUACAAAAUGGGCAAGAAGACCGAUAAUAAUCCUGAGACCAACAAUGUAUCCUCCGGCGCUGAAGAGGAGGAGGAGGAAUAUGCAGUGGAGAAAAUUUUAGAUCGUCGUGUGCGCAAAGGAAAGGUGGAAUACUAUCUUAAGUGGAAGGGCUAUGCAGAGACUGAAAAUACUUGGGAACCGGAAGGGAACCUUGAUUGUCAGGAUCUCAUACAACAAUAUGAGCUGAGUCGCAAAGACGAGGCCAAUGCAGCGGCCUCUACAUCUUCAAGUAACACAAAAAAAGAUCGGCCAGGCAGCAGUGCCAAGGUCAAGGAAACGGGACGCACCAGUACAACAACCAGUAACAGCAGUGGCGGAGGCGGUGGCGCUGGCGGCGGCAAACGAAAGUCUGAAGAACCAGCUGCACCAGCAACUAACAAAACGAAACGCGUCGAUUCGGAUGAUAGCGGCGAUCUAAUACCCGCCGGUGGCACUGGCUUCGAUCGUGGCCUGGAGGCAGAAAAAAUAUUGGGCGCCUCCGAUAAUAAUGGCCGGCUAACAUUCCUUAUACAAUUUAAGGGUGUCGAUCAAGCGGAAAUGGUGCCAUCAACAGUGGCUAACGUUAAGAUACCUCAAAUGGUAAUACGCUUCUAUGAAGAGCGCCUCUCUUGGUAUUCGGACAACGAAGACUAAGUGUCAUCACGAUUUUAUUGUUCAAGUAUAUAUUUUAUCCUCAGCAUAAUAUACUUAAAAUUAUGUAUUUUUAUCAUUAAAUUCCAUCAAAUAAACGUAA